AUGACGUCCCUGCAGUUCUUCCCUGAGCCGUCAAUCCGUGAAGUGCCUCCUGCCAUUUGGGGAACCGGUCGCCCGGACCAGGAAUGUUUAUGGGUUCCCCGGGCUCCAACCUGGCAUACCAGGGGCGUCCCCACAGAAUGCCAUUACAACACCACGGACCUCAAGUUGAGCAAUGUCCGGGACAACGAUGAGCUAGUACCCAGGCCUCCAGCAGUGGAAAUUACAGAAGAGGUCAUCAAGAUUCCCCCCGAGGGUCAAAGGCCACCACUUUACUGGCCAGGAGAGCAGUACUUUGAUCAACAGUCAAAAAUCCACGGCAACAGACAACAGUAUUAUCCAGCUCCCCCAAAGAAAAUCACACCAAACCUGCAGAGCCGCCCUGAGGAGCUUUCAGUUUCUGAGAGAACCCAGAAUGUUCUGAGGAACAUUGAGCGGAGCCAUUGGAUACCCACCUACCAGCUGGAUUACACCGGACUAGGUCCAGCAAACCCACUGGCGCUGGAUAAUUUGGACUGCAAGAAAGAAGCUUUCAUAAACACGGGUGUGUGGGAUGAUAAACUGUAUCCUCGCUCUGUCAACACCUUUGACCCCUCACAACCUUUAGAAGGUCGCCUUCGGAAUCUGUUUGCUCCAAAGCCUGCCCAGCAGAUAAUGAUAGAGCGUCAGAUGAUUGGUGAUUCAGAUGAAAGCAGGAAAAUGAAUUUAACAGAACAGGAGGAGCAGAGACUGCAGGCUGGGUGGGAAUAUGCCAACCUUCCGGAGAGUUGUAACGACCCACUUAGGAACCAGAAGUAUCAGGAGAGGGAUCCUUAUCAAAAGGUGUCUUAUGAUAAUAAGGCACAAAAUACUGGCAGACGUACACCUCAAGGUCAUCCUGAUAGUGGAAAGGACAAAGGUUAUCUAGAAGAGAGGAGAGUGGAGCGGUGCAAAACUGUACAAGGAAUAGAAGCUCAGAACCGAUGGAAGCUUUUGGAAUCAUCCACUCCAGCCCAUGACAUUGUUCAGCUGAGGCAAAAGUACAAAAUCUUAAACAAAAAUGAGAUGCCAAUGACAUUCUAUCAACACGAAGGAGAGUACAAUGAAGAGAGAGCAGGACUUUACAAAACAAGCUAUGAUCCUCAAAAACUGACGUACUCAAUGAAUGCAAAACAGCUCAGCGGUGGUGAUCUCUUCAACACCAGCAUGUCACACGUCGACGCAAGUCUUUACCCAACCGUCGUGUGGGAUGAGAAUGAGGCAGCUUUAAAUGGCAGCCGGACAGUUGUGUUCAAGAACAGCAGCCUCAGUGGUGACCGCCCCAGCUCCAGCGACAUACUCAACCCCUACAGAAAGAUGGUGGCAAUCCAGCGGCAUUUUCUCCAGCCUACGGUUGAGACAGCAAGGCCACUGGUUCAGGAAGGAAGGUUUAUUCAAAGAGAUAAUACUUAUGGUGACAGUUACAACACCAAAAUGUUCCUUCAGGAAAAUAAACUACACAGAAAUAUUAGAAUUGAGCCUAGGGAUCUGAUGUCUCAUGAGAACCAGAAUUUAGAGAGAACUAGAGAAACAGCAUUUCCUGUUGAACCUCCAAGUACACCUGGCAUGCUGAAGUCUGUCCACCAUUUUGAUGAUGUCACUAUUAGAAAUAUACAUGAGAACAUGCCAGUUAGGAUUGAAGAAUCCCAUAUAAAAGAACUGAGUGUGGCAGAAAGGGAGGAGUUGGCCAAAGCAUUUGGUCAUGAGAAGGUGACAUCUCUCAGCUACAUGCAUACUCACCCUGACAGACCCCAUUCUGCUGGCGUCAUCAUUGGAGACACCAGAAACCUGGCUGAGAACCUACAGCCCCCGACAGCCGUCCCAACAGUUGUUCUCAGAAACACGGAGCGUGUGACUAAACCACAGUUUGUCAGCUUUGCUCGAGAACCACAACUCAGACCAGCUCCGAUGUCUGAAACUACAGAGCAGUUUAGAAAACUGACUACCAGCUUUAUGCCAGUUG